ACUACUUCUUAGACAAGAAAAAUUACUAAAGUUACAAGUAUUUACUGCGUUCUGCAUGAUUCGUCGUCACAUUUGGACUGGAGAAAAUUAUGGAUUAUUCCGAAAAUGUUCGUUCCGAAGAAUUUUUAAUUUUGCAUUUCUUGGAGCAUCAAUUUUGUUACUUUACAAUUUCAUGAAGCCAAACACGAGUAAAGCCAUUUUCAAUGCAUUUCGAGAAUGUGCAUAUCCCAAGCUGCUGCCACUAAGGGGACAAUACAAAGAGUUCUGGUUCUCUUUUACCAACAUCACCAAGCAAUGCGAUGGUCUUCAAGAAUAUAAAGCAUUGGAUAUUCGUCCAACACCCAAUCGGGAUGAGAUCAAAUACGUAGUGUUUCCUAACAAGAACGAACUGUUGACGAUGGUAACUUUAGGAAUCGGUCACGACAUUAAAGCAGAGUUAAAAUUAAAAGAAUUAUAUCCAAAUAUUGACUUUCACGGAUCAGAUCCAUCAAACGCUAUUAAUAAAGAUUUAUAUGAAAAUAAACUUGGAGGAAAGUAUUACCAGUAUGCUGUUAGUGGAGAAAAUGGAAUGAAAAAUUCUCGUGUUUAUCGGGAGAAGUAUAAAGAAGAGAUAACCGAACACGUUGGAGCUGAAUACUUUUUGAAGAAUUUUAUACGAAAAAGCAGAAUUGAUAUUCUCUGGAUUGAUAUUGAAGGAAAUGAAUUUUCAUUUCUUGAUCAAGUCCAUAAUGGCGGAACUAUUGACAAGGAAGGAAUAAAAAUAUGUCAGAUGAAUGUAGAGAUGCACAAAGACCUUUUGGAGAAAGCGGACGGAGAAAUGGAAAAGUUCCAUGAUUUUAUUUUCAAGAUGCUCGAAGACGGGAAAUACAUAUCAAUGAAGCCGUACUUUGUCGAAGUUUUGAAAUAUCGAUUUAUUCGACUAUUCCUUGUUAAUGUAGGAGACAAUGAGUGUACUGACUUAUUUAUAAAACAAUGAUUCAAUAAACGUUGGAGUUUGAAA